GCCCAAACAAGAACCAAGGAAAGAGCUCGAGGAACUUGGGAAGGUCUGUGAGAACUGAGAAGUGCGCGCUGGAAUUGGGAUUCUCAUCGCAGGUGGAGAGGGAGAGAAGUUGGGAAUGGCGGGAGAGAUGGAGGAGUUCUACGUGAGGUACUACGUGGGGCACAAGGGUAAGUCUGGACACGAGUUCCUUGAGUUCGAGUGCCGCUCCAAUGGUAUGCUCCGCUACGCCAACAACUCCAACUACAAGAACGACACCAUGAUCCGCAAGCAGGUCUACGUCACCUCCGCUGCCCUCAAGGAGUGCCGCCGCAUCAUCCUUGAGCGAGUUUCUGCUCCUGGAUUUCCUAUACUGAAGGAAGAUGAUAACCAAUGGCCAGAACCAGACCGAAUUAGAAGGCAAGAGCUUGAGAUUGUGAUGGUGAAUGAGCAUAUUUCUUGUACUACUUAGAAGAUCGGUUCCCUCGUUGAUGUCCAGAGCAGUAAUGACCCUGAAGGGCUUCGCAUAUUCUAUUAACUCGUUCAGGAUCUGAAGUGCUUUGUGUUCUCUCUAAUUGCACUCCAUUUCAAGAUUAAGCCAAUAUAGGAUGGAUAACGAGUUCUUACUUUUCUUUUUUCCCUUCUGUGAUGUGCAUUCAAAGUAGUUUUUGCCAUUGUUACAGUUCCAUUUAUUUUGGGUGCAGUCUCAAUUACUUUUAUUCUUAUUUGGCAUGUGUAUGGGGAAAGUUAGAUUUGGGAAUGCGUGCGCACAGAGUGGAAAUUUACAAUAUGUUACCUAAGCCUCUGGCUUUUGUAGUAUAUGAUUACUUCCCAUGUUAUUGCACUUUUUAAGUUGUGUAGGUGUGGGAAGGAUAGGGGCUGCACCUACCCCUAAUGUUUAGGAAAUGCAUAGCUCCUUUGUUCAAGAUUAAUUAUUGACUCUCA